CGUGUCGCGCGUUGCUCUAGCUCCUUGUUGGUUGCUUAACAAUUAUUCAUUGAAAAGUAAAACCAAAUUCAAUUCCACAAUUCACAAUUGUAUAUCCUUUUCUUCUUCUUCUGGAAUUAUCCGUUUCACCGUGUCUAAUUGGAGUUUAACAAGUGGAAUAAACUAGACUAGUUUUGUUAUACUUCUAGUGCGUGCAAAGUCUAGUCAAGGACCAAAGUCUUGAUCCUGGCCUUUUCACAAUCGGAGAAACAGACCGGAGCAGAUGACCUAGACUAAGUCUUACACAUGAGCGGCACAUAAAACGGUUCUACCACAUGGACAGACACUUCAGAUCCCCAUCCCUCGUUUAAGUGGGUUAUAUCGUCCUGCUUAAUUGGAUAUUCAAGUGAAGACAGUUAAAGGCAUGACUGGGGACUUAGCUGAGAAGUAAUACAUCAUAUCUACGCAGGGUCGCAAGUUCGUCAGUACCAUAACCAAGAACAUGUUUCCUAAUCAGAAAGCAGUUCGAAGCAAAGAUCUAAAUCAGAGGAGAGCACUGUCACAAAAUGUAGGACAAAGCCUGAGAUCUGUACAUCACACACCGAGUAAUCGGCAAGGAGAUGGAGAAACUUACUUCCGGCCCACCAUCGCUGCAGCGUCAAGGUCAUCAAGAAAAGAAGCGGCACCGAAGACGUCGACAGCGCCCUCAUCACAACCACCUCCUGAGGAUCAGAAGAAAAAUACCACUUUGAAUCAACAUCAAAGAAUCGGAAAGCAUGCAGGUCGCGAGGACAAUCGCAAAGAAUAUCUGCGCCCUCGUCAAAACCAGGCAUCACACAAUACAAGCACGAACGUAACCUCUACUUCACCGCCUCCUUACUCAGAUGAGCCGUCUACAGAGUCGAGAACGAAUGUCCGCUACGGGCCUAUCCUUCCACCUACCCCAGAUAAAACAGCUAAACGGCGUUGGUCUGUCUGCGAUGAUAUGGAUGGAGAACAGCUAGAUUCCAUUGCCAAAGGAAUGAUGAGCAAUGUUAGGCUUCCGAAGCAGAAAAAAGGUGUCAAGAUUGCUGGGCGGCGAAUAGGAAAGGCUAAGCGCAAAAGGAGAAAAAGGAAAAUGACGCUGAAGCUAGUACGAGUGAAUGCCGAUCUAAGACAAAGAAGUUGCCUAAGAAGGCUAAAUCUGGUCACACACCGAGUAAGCAGAACGGAGAUGGUGAAGCUACAUCUGACUUGCCUUCGCCGCAGCAUCAAGGUCAUCAUCAAGAGAAGAAGCGGCGCCGAAGACGUCGACAGCGCCCUCUCCCCCAACCGCCUCCGGAGGGGCAGGUUCGUCGGAAUGAGAAGUUGCACAAACUAGCAACAAAUCCCUGUCAUUUAGACCCGGCAAUGGAGCACAAUAAGACCGUUUAUAAACAGUUUGGGGGUCAUAGCACGGUGUUUACCGAACCGCAGGUGAAGAUUAGGAGAAGGAGACGUUCAAACUCCGUCAAAGAUCCUCAAAUGGAUUUUGAUCACUGAAUAUAGUUGGAAUCUUACAUCCAAACAUAUCAUUUUCAGUUGAAAACCAACUUAGCUUGGAAUUGUCACUUUGUUAUAUCUUGUCAUAAUACUUUGUUGUUGUUUCUUGUUGUUAUUGUAGGACAUGUUACUACACUUAUGAACUGUGAGGAAAAUAUAGGUUUUAGUCGUCAUAUUUCUAUUGUCGUGUUAAAAAGCAAUGUAAAGAACAUUCUUUGAUUGAAUUCUUCGAAUCGCUAAUCAGAAGACGGCUUAAGACCAGGACAAACUUCUUUGAAACAUGGAGGAGUGUUGCGAAAUGGACCUUCAAAGUACUACUCAAUGCAGCAAAAAGCAGUUUUUCCUUUGAUUCCAGUUUUCUCAUAUAUACAUGUAUUUGUAUUCUCAGAAAUUUGUUCGGAUUUUUCGAAUGUGUCUCUUAAGAGACAUGGAGGAUGUGUCUCUUCAGAGACACAUUGGUAACGAUCUUUGAUUUACCUUGAAAGAAAUCAUGUUCGUUAAAGCUGAAAUGAGAUCGACUAGACGUAUCAUUUUGUAUAUAAUAUGGUUUAGAUAAGGGUAGUAGAUCUUCGAGAUCUAUAAAAAAAAAAUUAAAAAAAAACGUAUUUCACUUGUCUGUCUUCCUAUCAAAUAUGGAAUCGGUUUCAUGGGUCGACAAGUUGGGCAGCCGCAGUUGGAAAAAUAUUAUGAUAUAUAUACAUUGUUAUGUACUAUGAUAAUAAAUUCUUCAUACAAGUUCACUGGACAUCAAUUUUUUCAAUAUCACACAGUGAAAUAUGCAACUUUUUGAACGAAAAGAGUGGAGGGACAAAAUGCCCUGUAAAUUAUGGAUAUAUGUACGUAACAUUUUUUUUUUUUGGGGGGGGGGGGGUUGGGGAUUACCAUUGCUUUUCAUGAAUUUUUUUUAGAAUGAUAAUUCAUUUCAUACAACUUAAUGUUAUGUUGGUUUCGGUUUUUGUUUCUUUGGCGGGACAUAGACAGAUCCACAGUGGCGUACGCAGGAUUUUGUCAAGGGGGGGGGGGGGGGGUUAACAUUUUUUAAAUCUG